AUGUCGAUUUCUGUUAGUUCUCAAAAUGAAACCUCAAAGUUGGAAAGAUUAGGAGCUCAUUCUCAUAUUAAAGGAAUUGGCUUAAAUGACAAUUUAGAGCCAAAAGAAUCGAGCGAUGGAAUGGUAGGCCAGGUGAAGGCUCGCCGAGCUGCAGGUGUAAUUCUUCGAAUGAUCCAAGGAGGAAAAAUUGCGGGUCGCUCUAUACUCAUGGCUGGACCACCAUCAACUGGUAAGACAGCUAUCGCAAUGGCUAUGUCCCAAACUCUUGGCUCAGGUACUCCAUUUGUCUCGCUUUCUGCCAGUGAAGUGUAUUCCUUGGAAAUGUCAAAGACUGAAGCUUUACUACAAGCACUCCGGAAAAGCAUUGGCGUUCGUAUCAAAGAAGAAACAGAGAUAAUCGAAGGUGAAGUCGUGGAGGUCCAAAUUGAUCGUUCGAUCACUGGUGGUAAUAAGCAAGGUAAACUUACAAUUCGUACUACGGAUAUGGAAACGGUAUAUGAUUUGGGUACAAAAAUGAUUGAUGCUUUGACAAAAGAAAAGGUUCUGGCUGGUGAUGUUGUAACGAUUGACAAGUCUAUGGGUAAAGUCACAAAGUUAGGUCGUUCAUUCACAAGGGCUCGCGACUACGAUGCUAUGGGAGCAGACACUCGUUUCGUUCAAUGUCCACAAGGUGAAAUUCAAAAGAGAAAGGAACUUGUUCAUACUGUUUCCCUUCAUGAUAUUGAUGUCAUUAACUCUCGAACUCAAGGAUUCUUAGCUUUGUUUGCUGGUGAUACCGGUGAGAUCAAACCAGAAGUCCGUGAACAAAUCAACACCAAGGUUAGCGAAUGGAGAGAAGAAGGAAAAGCUGAGAUUUCUCCUGGUGUAUUGUUUGUAGACGAAGUUCAUAUGCUUGACAUUGAGUGCUUCUCAUUUUUUAACCGUGCUUUGGAAGAUGAACUUGCUCCUAUAGUUAUCAUGGCCUCUAAUCGAGGUAUCACUCGAAUUCGUGGAACCAACUACCGUUCGCCUCAUGGUAUCCCUGUGGACUAUUUAGAUAGAAUGCUUAUUAUUUCCACCCAAACUUACUCUCAUGAGGAAGUCAAAGAAAUUUUGCAUAUUCGUUGUCAAGAAGAAGACGUUGACAUGGCGCCUUCUGCUUUGGAUUAUUUGGCGUCCAUCGGACGCGAAACUAGUCUUCGAUAUGCGUUACUUCUUAUUUCUUCUUCCAAUCAAAUUGCUUUGAAGCGCAAAAGUGCUACCAUUGAAGACUCCGACAUCAAACGUGUUUAUGACCUUUUCUUGGAUCAAAGCCGAAGUGUGAAAUACUUGGAAGAGUAUGAGAAGAACUAUGUUGCCGAAACCGAAUGGCCUGCCACUGAAGAUGCUGCAUCCAUGCAAGAAGACUAA